AUGAAGAUGAAGUUUGCUAUCUGGUCAGGCUUACUCGCACUGUCGAGUGCCCGUUCACUCUCUCACUCCCAUCGGCAAGGUAACAACUUCGCUCAUCCUGGACUCCUUCACACAGCAGCCGAUUUUGCCAGAAUCACCGGCAAGGUCAACAGUAAAGCCAAACCAUGGCUCACCGGAUGGUACAAGCUGACCAACAGCUCUUACCUGUCGCUGAAUUACGCCGACAGCCCGCAGGUGGUCGUGUACCGUGGCAGCGACGGGACCCACUCGCAGAACUAUGCUUCGCUUUAUAGGGACAUUGCGGCUGCCUAUGUCAUGGCCAUCUACUGGAAGAUGACCGGCGACACGGCCUACGCGGACAAAGCCAUCGGUAUCCUGGACGACUGGGCUUCCACCCUGACGGCGAUCUCGGGGUCGUCAGACAAGUUCCUGGCGGCGGGAAUCUAUGGCUACGAGAUAGCCAAUGCUGCGGAGAUCAUGCGGACCUACGAUGGCUGGCCGGCGCAGGAUGUCACCAAGUUCCAGGAGAUGAUGGUCAGUGUCUUUUAUCCGCUUAGUCACAUCUUUCUGGAACAACACAACGGUGCCGCCAUCGACCACUACUGGGCGAACUGGGACUUGUGCAACAUCGCCUCGAUCAUUUCCAUCGGGGUUCUAACCGAUAAUCGCACCAUGUACGACGAGGGCAUUGACUACUUCAAGAACGGGGCCGGGAAUGGACAGAUAGAAAAGGCGAUCUGGAAGCUGUAUGAGGUCGACGGGGAGACCCUGGGACAGGGACAGGAGGCGGGCCGGGAUCAGGGCCAUGCGAUGCUGGAUUUCGCUAUGCUAGGAGUCAUUGCCCAAUCCGCUCAUAACCAAGGCGAUGACUUGUUUGGGUACCUGGACAAUCGGAUUCUCGCCGGAGCGGAGUACGCCGCCAAGUACAAUCUGGGCAAUGAUGUGCCCUAUACAACCUACACCAACAGCGAUGUUACUCAACCUGUCAUCAGCAACAGCAGCUGUGGGGAUAUCCGGCCCAUGUGGGAGCUUCUCUACAACCAUUAUGGAGUGCUGAAGGGGUUAAACGUUACUUACACCAAGGAAUACCGUGACCUGGUCGUGAAAGAUGGCUCUGGUGCUGAAGGGGGCGGAGGAAACUACGGACCGAACAGUGGAGGAUAUGAUCAGCUGGGAUAUGGGACUCUGAUGUAUACUUUGUAG